AUGUCGAUAGAUCCCCAAGAGUUCGUCCAACAAGCUAUCAAGGACGAUCCUAAGACAGUCCUGACCUUCCGACUGAGAACGAUUGAAACAAGCUGUUGUUCAAUUAUGUUUGCCUUUCCACACAUCUGUGCCCCCACUGAAGUCCAUAAGGCUGUGAUGGAUAUUCACUCUCACGCAAGUCAGUUGCAACAAGCAGACCUUCUAGAAGACCACGGCAAGGUUGUUCUUCAGGAGUACUGGAUUGACAAUGGUAAUCCAGAUCAACUCACAUAUUUUCGAGACCUAGGAAUUGUAUCACACUGGGCCCAAGGGAGCCUACCCGAUCCACGUGCACAAUGUCCUGCUGGUGCUUCAAUGGUAGGACAGAUUGCACACAAUGCAAGUCACAGUCUUGGUGUAUUAGAAUCAAUCUGGACAGAACAAGACCUUUGGAAGUACGUGAGGACUGCUGUUGUUUCUGCUGCUGAGCUGAUGAGGGACAGAGCCACAAAAGAAGCAGAUUCAUUACAGGACCAACAAGACAGACUUCACAAGUCUCUGCAGUAUCUUCAGGAACAUGGGCAGAAAGUGUCAAUUGGUCAGAAAACUCUUGUCAGUGUCCCUGAAAUGCCGGAAGGGACAUGUGACACUGAUCCUUCUGAUGAUGAGUCAGACAAUGAAUGGGUUAUGUUAUCCAAACCGGAGGAGACCUCUCGCUAUAGUCUGUAUGGAAGCUCGAUGCCGGUGAAGGAUUGA